AUGAUGCUUCCCGCAAGCCAGAUCCUCGUGCCGCUGCUGCUGCAAGAUUUCGACAUCAACUGGAAGCCGUCGAGUCCGCCGAGCAAGCGCGCGAGGCUGCGCGAGUUCAAGCACUGUAUUCCGCACGACGGCCACGAGUGGCUCAAGUACGGCCAGAAGGACAUCUCAGGCGGCCGCUUCUCACGGCAUUAUUUCCGCUGCAGCCACUCCGACAACGGACGCCGCUGCCCUGCGCGCCGAGUGGUGGACGUGCACACGCAGUUCGGCCAGCCUGGCGCCUCUGACAUCGCGCCACGUGUCACCUACUCGGGCAAGCACAACCACGCGCAGCCCGCCUCUCGCACCCCCUCCGAGAACGAGUCUCUGUUAACGAAUCCCAUAUUCCCUACAGAGCGCGCCAAUCUCUCUGCUACUGCUAGUAUGCAGGAGCAGCUUGCAAUCACAGGCCACAUGUUCCCGCUCCCGCGUGCACAACUGCAGCAGCUUCCAUGCUUUGAGAAAAAACAGCAGCAUGCAACCACACUCGACCUGUCUCUGCUUCGCGGCGGCUUGGCGAAGGAAGAUGGCGGGAGGCGUGACAACUCGUGCUCGCUCACUCCCACCACGCCGAGCUCGCCACCGCCGCUCUCACCGCCUCUGUCCCCACCGCCUUCCACGCCGCUUUCCCCACGGACUCCCGUUUCAGCAUCAUCCGGCAGUGAGAUCCCGCCAUCACCGGGAGCUGCGGAGGAGGCCGAGCAGGAAACGGGAGAGCUGCAUUUGGAUUUAUUAAAGGGAAAACGGAAGCGGUCAAUGUUGGUGGAGGCUGCUGCUGAUGACAUGGCACGUGCACUGGCAGAUGUUAAAGGAUUCCAAGAUUCUGUUAUCGGCCUGACUUUGGAUCAUGGGGUUCUGCUGUCAGGCACGGACUGGGCUAGCGCGAGCAACAUGUUUGACACAUUCGAUCUGGGCCCGCUACAAGCAGCCCCGAUUGAGGCAGCAUGUGUAAAAGGAGCUUCUGCUGCUCUGGCCAGAUUGGGGUCAGUUACACGGCAGAGCCUGCGGAAUGUGGAAGUCUUGGCUCCUAUUUUCCCACCGACAAGGAUAAGCGAAAUGGGACCGUCGGAUCUGACCAUGGAUAAGGUGGCUCAAGAUCAACGGUGCUGCUCCUGCUGUUGCUUCUCUCCCUGCGUGCACUCUCGACAACUUCCAGCGUUGCCUGCGCUGUCUAAGCGUUCUGCCGCAGGCAAAAGCGUUUCGGCUAAGGAUUCGGGCGAUUUGAUCUUCCCAGCUUUGGCCAAUCAUGGUGGAGGAGUGGUUGCUCCUUCAGCUGGGGGGGAGACUUUGGUGAUUUCGGAGGAUGAGACCGGGGUGAUUCAGGUGGUGAUGAGUGAUGGGGUUCAGGGGCGGUUGGAAAAGCAAGCAGAGAUUUUCCGCAGGAAUGAUUUGGAUCGACGUGUUCCUGAGCCUUCAGAGUUUCCUUUUUGGGCUGGAAUUGAUUCUUCAGUUGGGGGCAUGGAAGGAGGAGCAGAGGUGGAUGGAUGGUUACGUGAAAUGGGUGCGGCUAAUGGUGGUUGCGACGUGAAGCCAGCGGAGCCACAGAAAGCCCUUGAGGCGACUCAAGCGACUGAGGCGACCGCGGCAGAACAGUCGACUCAGGCAAAUGCUGCGUCGAAUGGGGGAGCUGGCGGAGGAGGGGGAGGGAAGAAGAAGAACAAGAAAAAAUCAUCCUCUGAAGCCGUCGGUGUUCAAGCUCCCGCAGCUGCCACACCACAAGCCUCAGGAGAUGCUGAUUCGUCAGCCUCAGCUGCGUCUCAGUCCAAGGAGGGAGGGGAGGUCAUGCUGGCAGCUGCAGCAGCAGUAGUCGCUGCGGCUGCCGUCUCUGUUGCUCCCGCGCCAGCUUCUGAGCCGUCACCAGAGCCUGCACCUGCAGCUUCUGAACCUGCACCUGAAGCACCUGAACCUGCACCUGCAGCUCCUGAGCCUGCACCUGAAGCACCUGAACCUGCACCAGCAGCCGCUGAGCCUGCACCUGCACCAGCAGAACCUGAGCCUGCUCCUAAAGCACCUGAGCCUGUGCCUGCAGCCCCUGAACCUGCUCCAGAGGCCACACCGGUAUCAUCUGAGCCUGCACCAGCAGCACCUGAACCAACGCCUGCUGCACCUAUAACAGCGCCUACACCUAUUCCUGAACGAGCAGCCGUUGAGGCGGCACCGCCUGCAGUGGAAGAGAAACAACCAGAAUCAGAGGCCAAGGCUGCAGUCACAGAAAGCAGCAGCCGCAGUGCAGAAGAUGCAAGGGAAGGGGCUGGCGGUGGUGCAGAGAAGCAGGGUUCUGCUGGCACGGCUGCAGCAGUGGUUGCUGCUGCUGGAUCAUCGUCAUCUGGGGGUGUGGACGAAGAGACAAAGGUUGUGGUUUCAGAAACGAGGUCGAGUGUGGGAAGUGAGGCUGAGAAGCCAGUGGAGGAGAAGAAGGAUCAGAACGGUGUGCAGGCAGAGAAACCAGUCGACACGCGCCAGGAGCCGAUUGAGAUCAUUGAGCCCCAGCCGCUGCCAAAUUGCUCUGCACUUAUCUGCUGGAUCUUUGGCUGGACUGCGUAA